AUGGACGAAACCGAAAUUUCACUUGAAAGACUCGAUUUAACGAUUCAACAAAGCAAGGUUGAUGAUGAAAGGAAUAAGGAACAAGAAGAAAUGGAGCGACGAGUCCUUUAUAAAAUGGAUAUCCGGUUGAUUCCAUUGCUUGCGCUUUUAUAUUUGAUGAGUUUUUUGGAUCGAGUCAAUAUUGGAAAUGCAAAGUUAGCCAAUUUGGAAGCUGACCUUGGUCUACAUGGAGCUCAAUAUAACUGGGCAUUGAGUAUUUUCUUCUUUGGAUAUAUUUCAAUUGAGACGAAACCUUCAUUAUGGGUCCCUUUCAUAAUGAUUGUAUGGGGUGGAAUCACUUCAUUAAUGAGUUUAGUGAAAAACUUCACAGAACUGAUGGUCACUCGAUUCUUUCUUGGACUUGCAGAAGGUGGUUUAUUUCCUGGUGUUGUGCUCUACCUAACAUUAUGGUAUAAACGUUCAGAACAAAACUUUCGAAUCAGCCUGUUCUUCGCAGCGUCUGCCAUUGCUGGUGCAUUUGGAGGAUUAAUUGCACAUACGAUAAUGAGGCUGGAUGGAGCCGGAGGAUUGACUGGAUGGCAAUGGAUUUUCUUGCUUGAAGGAUUGCUAACUGUUGUGGUUGCAUUUGCUGCUUUUUUCUGGAUCACUGAUUACGCAAGAAGUGCUCGAUGGCUGACACAAGAAGAACGUGAAUUCGCAGAAAAAAGAUUAAAAGAAGACGCUGGCGAGGCGCACGCCCCACAUUUUAAUAAACGACAUUUGAAAGCUGCUUUGCACGAUUGGAAAAUUUAUCUUGGAAUGAUGAUGUCAAUAUGCACUGGAAUGGAGUCGUAUUCAUUCGCAUUGUUCUUGCCUGUUAUUAUUAAAGGGCUUGGAUUUAACCGAGCUCUGGCCCAACUUCUUACAGUUCCUCCAUAUGCUUUGGCAGCGACAGUAACAGUCUCGGCAGCAAUACAUUCAGAUAAAACCGGAUAUCGCGGACCUUAUGUUGUCGGCUUCGCAAUAGUUGGCAUCAUAGGAUAUCUAAUGAUCAUUUUUCUGACAUCAGUUAUAGGAAAAUACAUCGCCUCAUUCAUAAUUGCUAUGGGACUAUUUCCAUGCAUCGGAACCGGAAUAACUUGGGCCGUCAACAAUCUAGCAGGUGACGGAAAACGAGCGAUCGGUGCUGCUUUAUUAACUAUGUCUGCAAAUAUCGGCGGAAUCUUCGCUGGUCAGAUAUACCGUGCGAGUGAUGCACCUCAUUAUACGAUGGGUCACACCAUUGCCGGGGUCUCGUUGUUGGGUGUAUUGAUUCUAGCGGUGAUUUAUGGGACAUUAUUGAAGCGUACGAAUCGAUUAAAAGUUCAAGACCCGGAAAGGUUUACUAAAAAUUUGAGUGAAGAUGAGAUUAAGAAUCUCGGAGAUUGGCAUCCCGGAUUUUAUUAUAUUUUAUAG